AUGGCUAAGGAUGACGACAAUUCGUCACCACCGCCACCUUCAUCCCUUGAGUUUCAUCCUGCCCUCACAGUAACGAACAUCAAGAAUUCAAUCCCACUAACCCUAGACUAUGAUAAGGUUCAAUAUUCAAGCUGGGUAGAAUUGUUUGAAAAUCAUGUUUGUGCAUAUGAAGUUCUAGAUCACAUUGACCCCAAAACACCUCGUCCUUCCAAUAUUUCUGAAACUUUAUGGAAUCGACUUGACGCGAUCGUCAAACAAUGGAUCUACGGCACCAUAUCGAAGGAUCUUCUUGAGACUAUUCUUGGUCGUAAGUCUACUGCUCAACAGACUUGGGACCGUAUCAAGGACAUAUUUCAGGAUAACAAGAGUACGCGGGCGGUGUACCUUAAAACUCAACUGAACGCAAUUCUUCUUGACGCCUACCCUAACGCCACCGCGUUCUGA